AUUCUGAACAGUUGAAGCGCACGCUCAGCGGCGAUAGCAUCGAGAAUACAAUACACAAAUCAAACAGGCAGCACGGGCCAACAAGGUGUCAAGCGGUUAUCAAUAAAGACAUCGUCCCGCGAUUAACGAUCCAUCAGAACGGUUUCGACGUUCCGCGAGUGUCCAACGAAUCUAAACCCCGCAUCCGCGAUUCCAAUCGGAACCCCAAGUGACAAAGUGCCCCGGACAGGAUACCCCACUCAUUAAACGGCACCGUACUCAGCAGCAAUGGUCGCGUUCACUUCACGAGUUUCCCCCCUGAUCCUGAUGUCCCUGAUGGCGACGCUGGCCAUGGCAGCUCCCCAGCUCCAGGAGGUCCCACACGCCCUGCUGGACAUCGAGACGCCCAACCAGUUCAACUACGCCCCCUCCCCGCUGGCCCAGCCCGACAGCCUGAAGUCCAGGCCGUACUUCGACUUCCUGAGCACCCUGUACGCCCACGACACGGCCAAGACGAGCCUGUUCCGUCCGUAUUCCGGUCGCCAGCGACGGGAGGUGCUCGACCGUCCGCGCAGGGCCAUCGUGUUCCGGCCGCUGUUCGUGUACAAGCAGCAGGAGAUUAGGAAGCAGGAGAUCAAGGACAGGAACGCCCAGAGGCGCCACGACCUGAACCGCUUCACCCGGGUGUAGUCCUGCUGACCGCCCAUCGAAUACUCCAGUGUCCAUCCAGCCAACCCGGGCGUUGGCCUCCUACAGGGUCCUCUAGCACUUAGCCACUUGCACUGUGUCCUAGCCUUAAGUAUCUGCACUGCAGCACGACGAGAGCGCACUCAUCGCUAUAUUAUGUACGCCUACAAUCCAUUCGCACCGCCUCACCACCUCACCACCAACCACAUCCUCGUAGAUUAAGUCCAGAUGUUUGUUACGCAACUUGUUAUCGCGACGUUUGAUUAAAGCUAACAAAUCUGAUUUUGAUA